UGGAGGAAGAGAGAUCGUGUCGCGCAGACGAAAGCAUCCUUACUGCGACUGGAGGCUGUGGUUGCUUGGUAAAGAGAGAGAAAAUCUCGUAAUAGUAUAAAAGGCCAUUAUUGACGCAGCGCGCGGUACCAGCAGCGUCACCGGAGGAAGCAGAGAAACGCGAGCACGUCCUCAUUCAAAGCUGUUAUACGAAGAUAAAAAUAAGUGUCUGGUCUGGGUGUGGUUGUGGUUGGAGGAUGAGGAUUCUGUUGUGUCUGCUGUCUCUCAGCUUUCUGGCUCUGAGCAACGCAUUGGGUGGGGAUGUGUGUGUGUCGGGUCAUGACAGUGGGCCGGUGUUUGAAGAGCAGCCAUCUAGUCUGAUUUACCCAGAGGGGAUGCCAGAAGGCAAGGUGACCCUGAGCUGCCAGGCUCGCUCCAGCCCUGCUGCUGUUUACCGGUGGCGUGUGAAUGGCACUGACAUAUCAUUUGCUGAAGAGUCGCACUACACACAGGUUGCAGGAAACCUUGUGAUCAACAACCCUCAGAAUGGGCGAGAUGGCGGCUCGUACCAGUGUCUCGCAAUCAACCGAUGCGGCACCAUUGUUAGCCGCGUCGCUAAUCUCAAGUUCGGCUACCUGCAUGAUUUUCCCCCUGAGAGCAGAAGUCCUCAGACGGUCCAUGAAGGAAUGGGAACAUUUCUUGCCUGCCAGCCACCAGCUCAUUACCCAGCUUUGUCCUACCGCUGGUUUAUCAACGAGUUCCCUAACUUCAUCCAGCCAGAAGCGGGCAGGUGGUUUGUUUCUCAGGUCACUGGUAACUUGUAUCUUGCUAACGCGAGAGCCAAUGACACGGGCAACUAUUUCUGCUUCACCACCAUCAACAUGGAUGUCAGCACCAAGAGCAUCUUCAGCAAAGCUGUCCAGCUCACAGUUCACCCUGAUGCAAGCCCAAGGAAAACUGCUCCAAAUAUCCGAGUGCGUUUUCCCGCUGAGACAUACGCUUUAUCAGGGCAAACCGCACAGCUGGAAUGCUUUGCCUAUGGCAAUCCGAUUCCUAAAAUCCGCUGGAGGAAGGUGGAUGGAAUUUUACCCCCUAAGGUUGGAACAAGUGUGGAUGGGCCCAUCUUGAUUAUUCCUGAACUGAAUUUCGAUGACGAGGGCAUGUAUGAGUGUGAGGUUUACAACUCAGAAGGCCGUGAGACGCAUCAGGGACGUGUUUCUGUGCAAGCUCAGCCGGACUGGCUUCAGGUCAUGAGUGACUCUGAGGUGGAAAUCAGUUCAGAGCUGCAGUGGAGCUGUGCUGCAGCGGGCAAACCCAGACCCACCAUUCGCUGGCUCCGUAACGGACACGCCCUCAUUACACAGGAUCGUGUUGAAGUGAAUAACGGCCGGCUGAAAAUCGCUAAUCUUGCCCUGGAGGAUUCUGGGAUGUAUCAGUGUGUGGCUGAAAACAAACACAGCACCAUUUACUCGAACGCUGAGCUCAGAGUUCAAGUCCAGGCUCCAGACUUCAGGCUGAAUCCAGUACGGAAGCUGGUUCCUGCUGCCCGUGGUGGACAGGUCAAAAUGGAGUGUAAACCUCGGGCAGCUCCCAAACCCACUCUCUUCUGGAGCCGCGGCACAGAGUUACUGACUAAUAGUACAAGGAUAACCGUGACUCCGGAUGGGAUUUUGUGGAUCUACAAUAUCAGUCGUGCUGAUGAAGGAAAGUACACCUGCUUUGCAGAAAAUUACCUUGGCAAAGCCAACAGCACUGGACACCUGUCUGUCAGAGAUGCCACAAAAAUCACACUAGCGCCCUCUAAUGCUGAUAUCAAUCAGGGUGAAAAUGCCACUUUGCAGUGCCAUGCAUCACAUGACCCUACCAUGGACCUCACCUUCACCUGGUCACUCAACGGAGUUCCGCUGGACCUAGAGGAACCAAAUGGACACUAUCGGCGAAUGGAGGGGAAAGAGACGAUCGGUGACCUGGUGAUAGUAAAUGGACAGCUCAGUCAUGCUGGCACAUACACCUGUACAGCCCAGACGGUGGUGGACAGCGCCAUGGCCUCGGCCAAGCUGGUGGUGAGAGGCCCACCAGGCCCUCCUGGAGGUUUAGUGGUGACUAGUGUGAACGACACAUCGGUUGAGUUGAGAUGGAGCCGUGGGUAUGAUAACCACAGUCCCAUUGGCAAGUAUGUCAUCUUGGGCCGCUCGUCACAGACUCAUGACUGGAAGAGGAUGAGGACAGACCCUGCAAACAUAGAAGGAAAUGCUGAAUCUGCACGUGUGAUAGAUCUUCGGCCCUGGAUGGAUUAUGAGUUCCAGGUCAUUGCCAGCAACAUCUUGGGCAGCGGAGAACCAAGCAUGCCUUCCCCGCGUGCACAAACCAAAGAAGCAGCACCAACUGUGGCUCCCAGUGGACUCGGUGGAGGUGGAGGAAACCGUAAUGAACUUAUUAUUACAUGGACUCCCAUGGCCAGAGAGUAUCAGAAUGGAGACAGUUUUGGUUAUAUCCUGGCAUUCAGAAAGCAAGGCAUACCAACAUGGACGGUGGUGAAGGUGCCAAAUGUGGAGUCAUCUCGAUAUGUGUACAGCAAUGACAGUCUGACAGCAUACUGCCCGUUCGAGGUCCGAAUCAAGGCCUACAACAAGAAAGGAGAAGGGCCCUUCAGCCAGAUUGCUGUAGUACACUCUGCGGAGGAGGAACCUACAGUUUCUCCUCGACGGAUUAAUGCCACUGCUUUGACUGCAUUUGAGAUUCAAGUGUCCUGGGAGCCCAUUCAACACCUCAACAUUAAUGGAGUUCUUCGAGGUUACGAGACUAUACCAUCCACAGGCACUGGAAUGAUGGUCCAGAACAGCUCAGGCAAUUGGAGGACCCCUUGCUGGUCUCUUCUGCUUUUCACUGCGCUCGCUCUCAUUGGCUCAUCAGGACUGUGAUGUGGGCAUUUCUUCUGAACGCCACAAAAGAUGCAGCAGGUUUUCCUCAGAAGGGCAGGGGGCAGGGUGGGGGGUUCGGGGGUUUUCCUGAGGAAUGCAAUGUAAGGAGUGGAAGAUUCUUUUGUAUAAAAAUGCUUUUUUACAAGAAUGACUGGUCGAUGUGGGAGACUUUUUGAUUGUGUUAUAAUUUUAGACGCUUGCCUUAUGAAAACUGAAACGUGACAAUGGUCAUGUCAACAUUCGGUUGUAGUUUCUAAAAUUCAACAAUAACAACAUCUCUGUUUGGUGUAUAAACUCAUGGAUGUAUUGUUGACAUUUCCAAACUCUUUUUUUAAAAACAACUUCAUUGCAGCAAGUGGACUGCAAAACGAUCCGAUUGAAUGUUUACGUUUUUUAUUUAAUACUUUAGUUUUUCGUUUGUAGUUGUUUGGGUGCCGAGGAAGCAAGAGCGGAUCAUGAAUUUUCUUAACAUUGUUUUGUAUUGUUGUUGAAUGACUGUCGCAGUAUUCUAGUUUUGACAGGUGACAGGUGAAGCUCAGAUUUGUUUAGUUAUUAAAGUGGGCUUGCCAAAGUUAU